GACUAAAAACAAAGUCGGAAGGGCGGCCUGAACAAUACUCUGUUUCCUUGUAUUGGCAUUUUUUUGGGCUAAUAUGACAAAGGAUCAGAUUCUAGAAAUGAAGCUCUUGGUAUGAUACCCCUCUCAAUGCCACGAGCGAGGAGUGACAAGGAGAGAGAGGGGAAGGAGAGAGCAAAGAGGGGGACGACCACUGCCGCCACGACCUGAGUCCAGAAAUAGACUUGGCCGAGCGGUGAGGUCGAGGCUUCGGCGAGUCACUGUCAAUGGCCAGCAGGUGAGCCUCGACUCGAGGUUCUUACGGCUGAGGAGGAGGACCAGCAGGAGAGAGGCAGCAGCCAUGCCUGCGGGAACGACCUCCGCCCGGAAGGGUCGCAGCGGGCAGUCGCAGAGGUCGUUCAAGGCCCCCAUAGAGAAGGGCCGGUGGGCAGCCAAGGGCACCAAGCCCCUGCCCGAGCAGGCGUCUGUCCAGCACGUCCUGAGCCUCAUGGUGGUGCAAGCGUGCCGCAAGGUCCUCUUCAUCGAGACGGAGGUCAAGAUCGCACUCUACUCCCUCUCCCUCUUCGUGGGCUCGCUUCUCUGCGACUUCCUGCCCUUGCCCAGGAUCUACAUGGGCCAGAAGGACAAUGUCUUCAACGUGUACUUUGUCAAGUUCCUGUGGGUGUGGCUGAUCCUGGUCGUGGGCGCAUUCGUACUCCUGACCAGCGCAACCAUAGGCUGUGGGCACAGGGAGGUCAUUAGGAGGCACAUGUCGCGCCUCCUGGUUGGCACGUGUCUCUGGUAUUUCUGGAGUCAAGUCUUCUUCGGAUACGUGGAGAGCCGCACGGGAACCUGCCUUGGACGCGCCAUUAUCAAGGAUAAGUACGAGUGUAAUGGCGGAGGAUUCCACUGGCAUUCAUUUGAUAUCUCAGGACAUGCAUUCAUCCUCGUCUAUGUUAAUUUGCUAAUUGUGGAGGAAGCAAAGGCUAUUGUAGGCUGGGAAGGCAUCAGAGAUCAAAUUCGCAUGGAAGACCACAGAAGGGGAGAAGCUGCGAAUGAUCCCCAAGAAAUCAAAACUCCAUUAGAGAAUUUAACUGAGGACGAUCUGGUCAUCUUAAAGUUAAACUACGAGCAGUUCACACCAAUUAUCAGAAGCAUUUUCUUUAUCAUGACCAUGAUGAGUAUCCUAAGUGAUGUGAUGCUGGCGUGCACUGUCAUGUUCUUCCAUACAAUGCCACAGAAAGUAGCUGGAGGUGCCAUUGCUAUGGCUACAUGGUUCUGUACAUACAGAUUAUGGUAUAAAUAUGAUGCUUCUCCAGGAUUGCCUGGUUCUGGUAUCUUUCUGUACCAGACUGUAAAAGAAAAGCCAAGAGAUAGUUCAAGCAGAUUCAGAAGACGUUCCUCUAUCUGCAAGGAACACAAGGAUAGUUUACCAACAUUUAUGGGAAUGCCAUUAUAUGGCCUGAAGAAGGAUAUAGAUGAUAAGAAGAAGGAAAGUGAAAAAGAAGAGGACAGGUCUGGCUUGGAGGAUUUUGGGGAAAUGCCUGAGCGUAGUUCAAGGAAUGGAGUAUAUGGAGACUUUGGUUCCUCAAGAAGUAGAACAUGGAGGAGGUAGAGGGCAGUAGAGUGAUUUAUAAUGUAAGUAAUUUUUCUGACACUAGCAAUAUGCUUCAGAAAUGUUCUGUCAUAAAAAAUAAUUACACAAUUAUUGAAACUCGUAUAUACUUGUCAACCACUAGUCUUUUUAUCAGCGAAACAUGCUUUUCUUAGCCAUUUUAUACCUAAUUUAGAUAUUUUAACAUGAUAAUGUGUGAAAGAAUUUGCCUAAUAGAUAUCUAGUCACAGUCAAUCUCUAGAUUGCACAAAUCCUCUGAACUCUCAAAUGCACUAGUAUUAAUAUUACUCUUACAAUGCAGAUGUUAAGAUUAGGAUCAUUUUUAUACACAAGCAAAUGCUCAGUCAGGCAUACAAGGUAUUUGCUUUUAUAUGUAUAUACUAAUACAUCAGCAGAAUUUCAAUUAGCUUCAUAUGGUUCAAUUAACCUCAUAUAUAUUCAUUAAAUUUUUGAAGCAUACCAUAUUUGACAGCAUAUUGGACCCCCCCCCCCCCUUAAUUCAUCACAGCUUCUCUCUCUCUCUCUCUCUCUCUCUCUCUCUCUCUCUCUCUCUCUCUCUCUCUCUCUCUCUCUCUCUCUCUCUCUCUCUCUCUCUCUCUCUCUCUCUCAUUUUUUAAGUGCAUCUUAUAUACUGCAAAAUACAGUAUAUUUUAUAUGUUCUUGGCAACUAUUCAGACAACACAGUUAUUAGGAUACAAACCAAAGAUCACUGUCACCCUUUCAUUUCAUUACCAAAACCUUUCCCAUCUCCAUUUAGAUAUUUUUUAGGAGUGUGAGUGAAAUAUUUACAACAUACCCAGUAUUGUAGACCUUAGUUUUAUGAUGAAGAUUGUUUUGACUCGCAAGGCUCCUAGUACAAGACUGUGGUAACUCCAUCCACACACAUUUGCUUUUGGACUCUGUGGUCAAAUGGCAGCUUGUUGCAGGAGACUUUCUUUCCUAUUUUGAUCCUUCUGGAGUCUCGGAUUCAGUCACCUUUUGUUUUUGUAUUUUCUGAGCUGUAAAAUUUUGAACGGCUGUCAGUUACUAUUUCCAAGUGGAAUUGCUCUGGAUAGAGAGAGAAAAUUAUAUGCAAAGCAGGUUAGGACCCAUAUUUUCAUUACAUGUUGAAGAAUGAAAAACUAGUUUUUGAAUUUUUCUUCUUUGGUGAAUGAAUGUAUUAAAAAAUCUAGAUACCAUCACUAAUUUGCAUGCAUUUGUAUUGAUGAAGAAUGCAUCUGCAUCCUUUCAUGGAUGUAAAUGAUUAUUAAUUAUUCCCAUAAUGCAAAUUACUUAUGGUUGUGGAAGUCAGGUACCAGUGUUACUUCCCUUCUGUCUUUGAGUGUUGCAUUCAUUCUGGCCCUGAUAUUCAAAUUAUAUAGUAUGUGAAUUACUUAUUACUAUAAAAGGUUAAUCCAAUUUGUCACAAACAUGUUCAAUUUAUAAUAUGUGUUUUUAAUGCAUACUAUUUCACUUGUCUUUCAUAGUUUCUUUAAUAUUCUGCCAGUGCUUGUUGAUGAUAAAUCUAGAAGUGUAUUCUUCAUACCAUUUUCUUCAUAUAUAUAAUGAUGUGUAUUUACUUACCUGUUUAUCUUUGUACACAAUGUUACUUUUUAAACUAAUAAUAAUUAUUAUUACUGUCAUCAUUAUUAUUACUACUAUUAUUGUUUUUUUAUAAUUAUUUAUAAUAUUAGUUUGGUGUAUCAAAUAGACUAAUUUCCCUGUUAUUUAUUUUUGUUGGGGCACAACAUUGCUUUUUACUUUUCUCAUUAUAAAGAUUAGAAGCAAAGAUAAUGAUGAUGAUAAGUCCAUACUCUUGUGAAAAUAUUUAUCUGGGAAUGAUUGUAUUUGUAAACAAGAGCCAUUUAUGCAGAAGUUAGGGUUGUAACAAUAGUUUAUCUCAUUGAGAAAUUCUAGGGGUUUCAAAUAUGAUGAAUGCAUAGAGAUGGUGUGCAAGAGAUAAAAAAAAAAAAGUACAAAAUUGCAUAGAUACUUUGCAGUUCUAAGAUACCACCUCUGGCAUUUUCCAUUCAUAGUAGUACCUUAAAUUAUUUUUAGUUGAUAAUAUAAAGUGUAUCACUAUUACAUAAUUGCAGAAAGGUGUUUAGUUUGUGGACUCAACAACAUUUAAAGAGCAUAAGGAUUUUUUCAGUGUAACCUGUCUUGUCUUUCCUCUCAAUGAGUUCAAGUGUUUGUUUAAAGUUGGCAAGUUUUAACCAUUGCUCAAUCCUGCCUAGUCAGUGUCUUAUUGUAUUAUUUACAUCAGUGGUUUUUAGGACAUUUGUGUUUUUAUAUAUGUGUGCUGAACAUUUUAGAAAUAUCCUUAGAAAUCCAUGUUUGUUCCAUCUUUAUGUAGUAGAUCUGGUGCUCUACAAUAUCAGGAUAUUUACCAGAGGAUAAAAGCAUUUUAAGAUACCCCUUUUACUAUUUUCUUGAAUGUGUUCUUGCAACUAAAAUAAUUGUCAGUGUACUUGAAAACUGGGACAAUUAUUGGACAAUUAUAAAAGUAAUAUAUAGAAAUAUUUAUAUUUUUGGCUGAAAUCAGAUAAAUGCCUCAGUUAUAAGCAAGUUUCAUUUCCAUAUACAAUUUAUUUAUUUGUAAAGAGUAAAACUAAAAAUAAUGGACUGUGAUAAAUACAGGCAAGAGGCAAUGUGGGCAUUAUUUUAUUAUAUUAUUCCUAAUGUUAACCACUUAAUAUCCACAUAUUAGUGUAAAAGAUUGUCUAAUGAAAUAUAGCACAAAAACAUUU